AUGCAAGACCCAGAAGGCAAUCCAGCAUGUUUCUCACCCCAUGAUAGGCUGACUGACGAUCCGGCAGCUGCCACCAAGUCCGGCCAGAGCGUUGUCAUGUCUGUGUACCAAACGAAGAUCACUGGCCAAUGCCGUUCUGUUACAGUAACAUGGUGCAAGAGCCUCUUGGUACACGGCCUUUCCAUCUCUGUCCAAGGAUCCGACAACCAAUCUAGCUGCAAGGUGGAGCUAAAGCCUUGGUCUUUCUGGCGGAAACAGGGCUCUAAGCGCUUCUACAUUGACGGAAAACCAGUCGACGUCUUUUGGGACCUGAAGGCCGUUAAAUUUGGAAGAGAACCCGAGCCUCAGUCGGACUACUAUGUCGCAGUGGUCUGCGAAGAGGAAGUGGUCUUGCUUCUUGGGGAUCUCAAGAAAGAAGCCUACAGAAAGACAGGAUCACGGCCGGCACUGAUCGAUGCCAGCUUGGUAUUGAGGAAGGAGCAUAUCUUUGGCAAGAAGAGGUUCUCUACAAGAGCUAAAUUCCACGAGAAAGGAAAGAACCACGGCAUCUUAAUCGAGUGUAGCAACAACAAUACCAAGAGGAGCAACUGCGGCAGCAGUAAUUCAUGGGAGUCGAUAGAACCCGAAAUGGUGAUAAGGAUAGACGGACAUCUUGCAAUUCAUGUGAAACAUCUGCAAUGGAAAUUCCGAGGUAAUGAAUCCAUCUCCAUUGACAAAUUUAGAGUAGAAGUGUACUGGGACGUCCAUGAUUGGCUUUUCAUUCCCGGUUUGCAGCAUGCUUUGUUCGUAUUUAAGCCAAUGUCAUCAUCACCGUCAUUGCCACUAUCAUCCUCGUCAUUGUCAUCAUCGAUGACGCCUGAUACUCUAUCAUCCUCACAAACUGCUUGUUCUAGCUUAAUCGAUGCUAACAGUGUAGGUGGCCCACAGGGUUUUUGCUUGUAUCUGUAUGCUUGGAUGCUAGAAUAA